CUCUGGGUAAGAGGAAACCCUAAAGUGCUCCAGCUCAGGCAGCUUCACCCUUUUCUUUCUCACUUACUUUCUUUUCACACACCCCUGUCAGACGUGUGCACGCCAAGGACCAGAAUGGCAGCAUCAUCUGCACGGACAACAGACGCGCUCUGCAAAAUGCUGGCUUUGCUUCUCAUCGCCCCACUCCUGAAUGGAGUCAUGGCACAGGAGGAUGAAGAAGUUUUCACUGGUCCAACGCCCACUGUGAUUGUUGCAGAAGAAUACAUACGAGGAGACAUGAUUCCUGAUGAGAUGACUACAGCUUCUGCACCAGAGGGAGAUCCCCAGGUCAUGAUUUUACCAACCAUGGGACCUCAGGACCCGAUCGAUCAGACCACAGCAGCAGCAGAUACAGACGGAAACAGCACACCUCAAGAUGAAGGACAGGUACCAGUAGAUGAGAAUACUGGAAUCACUGAUGCUGUCCCUACUGAUGCACCCAAAGCCGAACCAGAGGUCCAGCCAUCUUUGCCCCCUAGAGGGGAUGGUCCCAGGGAUGUACCCAAGCCAGUUCCACAGGAUGAUGUUGUGUGUGUCAGCAAAGAGGCAGUCCAGGACAAAAACGCUGUAAAUCUUAAACUCAGGGCUCCUUCCAACUGUGAGCAAACCAGAGUGAAGAUUGAAAGUGUUCUGCAGGAGCUGUGUGGUGAGGACUGUAAGCUGGAGAUCUACCAGGAGGACGAUUCGGAUGAAAUACUUGUAUCUGGAAAGUAUGUGGAAGAUGAUGUAGCGGGCAUGGCAAAAAAGUUCAACAAUGACAAUAUCAAAGAUAAGACUGACAUUGAGGAGGCUAACCCUCGUUGGGGGAAGAACUCAAAGCUGGUCCUGGUUUCUCUGCUGCUGGCUGGUCUGCUGCUGGCUGCUCUGCUGGUCGCUGGUUACUACCUCAAAACCCACCGCAAGAACUCCAAGGGAGUCCGACUGGCUGACACUUUCCAGGUGGAUGAGGAGAACCAGGCUAACACCCUGGUGUCGGUGGCCCCCCUCCCUCAGGAGCCCAUCGACAAACCCACGGUCAACGGCGAGUCUCCUCCGGAAAACGGGAACAACCCGGCCCCCACCACUAACGGACACUCUGCCACCCAGACCCCCGUGGCUGACACAGAGAUGUGAACCACAGCACCUCCGACCUCCUGCUUUACCCACCAGCAGCUGGGACUCACUGCCCACAAUCCACUUCUACUGCCUCAGAGACUUUCCACACACUGAGACAAAUAUCACAAGAACCCACAGAACACAUCCCUCCUCCUGACGACCCACAAUUCUCUGGAUGACGACGACGACGACAACAAUGAAACUCAUGAUGAAGAAAAUGACAAUGCCUGUAAUGUGAAGAGUUUGGGGAUCACUGAGGAGCCAGCAGAGGCGCUGAGGCUCUAAGAGGGCACUGAGUAGGAUUUCUAACGGCCCUGACUUCAGUCUGUACGUCACAAUCAUGAAACAAUCAACAAAAAUGUGCCGUCAAUCCUCAAUGAGGGCCGAGAACGCUCCUUUUAUGAACAAAACAAUCCAGGCAAUAUCAAGACAACCACGUUUUUACUGUUGUAUAAAGGACUGAAGCUCACUGCUUGUUUUUUCUCUGUGAUUCAUGAAAUGUUCGUCUUUUUAGCCUCUCUGUUUCCUUUAUCUUCUCUAGACCUGAAACACAAACAAGGAGUUUGAAUUUACUGAACAUUGGCGUUAUUUUCUUAUAUACCAGAUUGUGAGAUGUCACGAAAGCAUUUGCUUGUGAUCAUUAACAUUUUAUUUUUGUAGAAACCAAAGAGAAAUUGACAAAGUAUUAGCAACAGACAAUUAAGUCAAGUUUUGAAGUGACCAGUUUUAUCACAGACUGUAAAAUCUGGUGCAUAAGACGCUUAAAUACCUAUUUUUUCAUCUAAAAAAGAGGCUGUGAUCAAUAUGCUGGUACCACCAAAAUACCAUAAAGAGCUGAGACACACGCUGUCAUGACCACGAGUGCAACCGCCAUCAUCACACACUGCAUACCAUCUUAUCGGAUUGAGAAUUCCCCCCAUUUGUCGUGUAUUCAAAGUGGUGAAUUCACAGCAUACUAAGACACAUAGGAAUGCGAACAAUGUUUGCAGGGGUUGGUGCUACUUUUUACCAGCUUUUCUUCCUUCCAAGUGACGGAUUAUGGUGACGAGUAAAUAAGGCUUGUAGAGCACUGGUUUAAUGUACAAAGGCAUACUAGGGCCACCCAAACAAAUUUUAAAAGGAUCCGUUAAUUUUCAAGAGAAGACAAACUAUUUUUUCAUAUAUCAAAUUGUAAAUUUAUAACAAACUGAACUCUGACUUUUAUAAUUUAAAAAGUUGUAAAUAUACAGAAAAAAUCAGAAAAUUUUCAAGUUUCUAAAGUCACAAAUUUACAACAUUAUAGGUAGAAAAUUGAUGAGAAAUUAAACUCAACACACUGAUUGGAUCAGAGUUGGCUCCCAGAUGAUGUCAUGUAUGGCUUAAGGAAAAUAAUCUGUAAUUUUUUUUUUACAAAAAUUGCGAUAACGCUUACAUAUGUAAACAUCUUUUUAACUUCCUUGUCAUGUAUUUGAACAUUUUUGAAAAAAUAUCUCAUUGCAAUUAGUUCGCUUCAUUUUGUAAAUUCAAUAUGAAUUGUUUCAUUGAAGCGUCGCUCUUAUUUUAAUCAAGCAAAAAAUCUGCAAAUAUUUUUUAAACAACUCUAAAAAAAAUGACACUGGCAUUUCUGCAUGAUGUACAGAGCAUAACAUCUCUGCUGCAAAAAAGUUGCAUUAAACUGGCAUUUUAAUAAAUAUUUCAGAUUAAAGAGAUAUUGCACCUUCUGCCAUUUGAACAUUGCGAAAGGAAAUGUUGCAAUUUGAAAAAAAUGUCUAUGAACUGCUCAGCUUUACUGUCUGGUUUCUUCUGAACAACUCCAGUUUACAGCAAAGUGUCUUUAAAGUCUGGAUGACAAUAACAAUGUGAUGUUUACCACCCCCUUUAAAAUAUAAUUUUAAUAGGCUCUUAACUGUUGUACUGGUGCAAGGAAACAGCUUCAUCUGGUAUGAUUUUAAUCCACACAGUAGACUAUCUUUGAUUAUGUAAUCUAAAAAAAUUCUCUGUUAGGGUUCACAUCACUACAACCUUUUAAACUAGAAAGUUGAGACUGCUCUCAUAAUUUUACCACUAAUUUAACUCAAAAAUUCUAAACUUGGUUUCUCAUAGAUUACCUACUUUAUGAUAUCAAAAAUGUGAAGUUUUUCUCAAAAAUUAACAAAUCCUUUUUAUAUUUGGAUAUUCUGAGUGACCCUAAUAUGCCUAUUAUGGUUUAAAAAACUCCUUAAAGACAACAAGUGACCUGAGGAGGUGAGCAGAGUGACUCACUGUCUGUCAACAUCACAACAGCUUUACUACCGUAUUACAGCUAACAGAGGUGCAAAUUCUGUUUGGCAAACCUAGAUGACACAUCUUUGGACUUUGCUAAACACAAUAGAAAUCAUCACAAAGAACGAUCCGCACUGUAAAACUGAAAAUACUCAAAAUGUCCAUCAUAACUGACUCAACCUAAAAUAAACAGUAUAGUUUAUGUUUCUUAUCCAUUGCAGUUUUCCCUCAUGUCUUUCACAUUGUUUAAAUUUUGAUCAGCUGUGCCAUCCUAAAUAAGCUAAUCUGAUUGGCUAAUAACAAAGACUGAAAGGUGCACCUUGACCCAGACAGUGCUCUUUUUCAGGGUUCAGUCCAUCAUCCAUGCUAUGUUGAAGUUGGUAUCCACAGGCAGGAUUGCUCUAACUCAGUGGAUAACUUCACUCAUGGUGCAAAGUGUCUAAUGUCCAAAUGCAUUCUGGGAAAACUAUGUGUUCAAUCUGCUCAUAAAAAUAGAGCUAAAAUUGCUAUUUUGGAAACUAACAAAAUGCAUUGCUGAAAACAAACAGCAUUUUAUAUUCCAAUGUGACCUGUGCCCAGAUUUUAAGGUGUACUUUGAAAUAAAUGUUGCUUGCACCAAAAUCCUCCCUGACACUGAUAAAAUCAAAGUCCAUCUGAAGGUAUUCUGAAUAUUUUUUGUGUCUGACAUUAUGUGAAAAAAGUGUUAAAACAGCCUUUAGAGUCCACUGACAAAUUUGUCACCAAUAUAACUUUAAUUUUUGAAUCUUUCCCCUAUGUUGCACAGAGCCAGUGAGCUAUUGUGAUUCUGUGCUAUGUUUAAAUGCUUUCACACCCAGAUCUAUGCCUAGAAAUAUAUUUUUUUGGCCAAUCAGGUACCUCUCUAGCUUCUUAUUUUGACACGAUGAAGCAUAUGCUGUAGUCAAAAAGCACUCUACAAGCACGGUUUCAUAAAACCAGCAUAAACAAGCAUCUUCCUUGGUUUACUGAGGAGUUUAACAAUUUUGAGUCUGAUUAUAAAAUGAAAAUGUGUUUCUGCUGUUAGUAUUUGCAUAUUUCUUUUAGACUUGUGUUAUGAUGAGCAACUAAACCUUGUCAGAUUUUAACAGAUAGGUCAUGAAGUAUGUUUUCUACUGUUGUGAUUGUGCCUUUUUCAUGGUGGCAUUAGUGUACAGUGUUUUUUAUUGCCAAGUUUUCCUAUGUGUACUUCUGUUUUGGUAGUAACAAAGAUCAGCAGCGUUUUAAAGGACAUACAUUAAAUUCCUACAUAACAUCCAGCAGGUUCAGCAUUCCCAGGGCUGCCUUUAUCUCCUUGUUGAUAUGAAACUCAUACUGUGCUGCAUGUGUAAAUAGGCCUACUUUCUCUGUACCUGUGCCUCACUCAUAAACUGUGACUGUUUCCAAUA